CAUUAAUGUGACAGGGAUGAAGGAACACCUUUUACUGUAGCAAUAAAACCAUCAGAAGUGCUGAGCGCCCUCCAUUCAUAAAGUCAUCAGGCGCCUGGCACAAAGUGCAGAGGGGGAUUAUACAAGCAUUAGGGUGGUAUGCAAGUGUUACCAGGGCAUUAGAAGAAUUCAUUACCAGGAACGGCUAUAGACAAGAAAAGAAUCAAUCUAAAGCUGCAGCCAUGCUGAGCUGGAAGUUACCCAGGCUGCUAAAUGUACACCAGGUGCCCAAGGUAUUUCAUGAAGACAGUAUUAUUUGUGGAUAUCGUUCCCCAACAUGCUCCGCCACUGCGUGUAUCCUAAGUCUCUUCCAAAUGACCAAUGAGACUGUAAAUAUAUGGACACAUUUUAUACCUACCUGGUACUUCCUAUGGCGAAUUCUGGCACUUCUUUCCUCAUUACAUGAUCCCUUUUUGUGGCCACUUUUGGUCUACCUCCUGUCCUGCUGCAUCUACCCUCUGAUGUCCACCUGUGCUCAUACAUUCAGUAUUAUGUCCAUCCAAGCGCGGCACAUUUGCUUUUUCCUGGACUAUGGAGCAUUAAGCAUGUACAGCUUGGGGUCAGCCAUUGCCUACUCUGCAUAUAUCUUCCCAGAUCGAUGGGUGAACAGCCCCUUCCACCUUUGGUUUGUAUCAUGGGCAGUUUUCAACACAGUCAUCAGCACUGGAAUGUCCUGCUUUUCCAGGCUGGGUAUUCCUGUUCUGCAUUAUAACCAGCACCUGAUAGAAAGGUUUCCAGAGCAGGCUCGUCCCCGACUUAGCAAGGUGAUGCGGGUAACAGCCUUUGCAUACCCCUACCUGUUUGACAGCAUUCCAUUGUUUUAUCGGUUAUUCUUUUGCUCGGGUAAUGACUGCACACACAAUGCCACCCUUACCAUGCACAUCUGGCAUUCCAUCUUUGCCUUUCUCACUGGUUUUCUGUUUGCCACACAUCUUCCGGAGAGGCUUGCCCCAGGACGAUUUGAUUAUGUGGGACACAGUCACCAGCUCUUUCACGUAUUUGGUAUCAUGGGAACAUAUUUUCAGAUGGAAGCGCUGAUUAUGGAUAUGAAUCUAAGGAAGAAAUGGCUUCUGGAUCACGCUGUCAUGCCAUCACUAUCUGGCACUCUGGGAGCCUUCUGCUCAGCCAUGGUGAUUUCUUUAUUGCUUAUCGCUGCUUUCUCAUGGGCUUUGUACUGGAAGCCAAAGGAACAGGAUAAAAGAAAAAACUUUUAAGGUACCUGGAUACAAUGUCCGAACUAAGUCUGACAAGACGGAAGGUGCAAUAAAAAUAGGACUAGGUUUGCCUUCAUGGUCCUGGAAUGCAGAGCAAAGAAAAGAAUACAGUGUAUGGUACCCAUUCCCUCCUAAAAA